UCGCGGACCUGCGUAGCGUUCUUAUCGAGCUAUUGAAAGCGUGACACUAUCAGGUAUGCUGCUAUCACAUGUGAACCUGAGCUCGUCCGGAAAGCAGCAGACCGACACGAUGUCGGGCGCCGUGCGGGCCACACGAGAUGAAAUCAUCCUCGAAGACAUGGCCCGAGCUCGUGAAAAUGGAUCAGCGACUACAACACCCAGUGGAGAACGUAGAGCAACCGGUGAAAACAUGGCGGUGCCACGACGUAGCAUGUUCUGGACUCAGCUCAUGGCCCUGAUAUGGCGAAACUACUUACUCAAGAAAACGGAGAAGGCAAAGACCUUCUGGGAGGUGGUGAUGCCGCUGCUCAUGGUGGCCUCGUUAAUGAGCAUACGGAGCGGGCUCAAGCCGAGCUCGAAGCCGCCGCACUACACGCCCAUCGGGCACGUGCGGCUGGUGACGCCGUCGCACCUGUCCCAGCUCACCAACGAGAUCAUGGCGGCGCCAUCCACACCGCAGACAAGGCAGUUCAUGCGGGACGUCAUCGGCUACCUGAACGCCAACACGUACACCAGCGGCUUCAACUACUCCAUGUACAACACCUCCAAGGACAUGGAGGAGGCAUUCCGGCAGAACUCGACGCGAUCCUUAGUGGGCGUGUUCUUUGAAGGCGACGAUCUGACAAGGAACGGCUCCUACCAGCUGCGCUUUCCUCUUCGACACCUACCGUCACCCGAACUGAAGGACGUCGGCAUAGAGAUGUGCCGGAUCAAGCACUUCGUGCAUUCGUCCGACCCGACACUAUGCCCUGCCGGCGCCUACUACUCGAGCGGAUUCAGCGUACUUCAAGCGGCCAUUGACUACACGUUCAUCAAGCUGUGGACCAGGAGCGACGCUCGGCUGCCCGACGUGGUAGUGCGGCUUCUACCCAAGCCGGCCUACGUGGACCCCGGCACCACGUGGCGCACCUUGGUGCCGCUGUACCUCACACUGGCCUUCUCUCCUUUCGUCUCCGUGCUGUGCGUCAACAUCGUGCUCGAGAAAGAGCGCAAGAUCAAGGAGGGCAUGCUCAUGAUGGGCAUGAUGCCGUCCGCCUACUGGACCGCCUGGUCCAUUGUGGAGGCCAUCGUGGUGGCCAACGUGGCGGCCAUCAUGACCCUCAUGGUGUACGUGCUGCGCAUCCUGCCCAACACGGACAUCCUAAUCGUGUUCGUGCUGUCUCUGCUCUACGGACUGACCAUAGUCAUGUUCAGCUUCAUGGCGACGCCCUUCUUCAACAAGUCCAAGGUUGCCGGCUCCGUGGUGGGCCUGAUGAUGCUCCUCUUCAGCUUCUUCUACAUGUUCGCCGUGUUCCUCAAGGGCCGCGUGGCCACGUGGGUGUUCUACGCGGUGGCGCUGCUGUCGCCCGCCGCCUUCACCCUGGGCAUCGAGAAGGUGAGCCAGAUGGACGUCCGGGGAGCCAUGCACUGGGUUGACCUCUUCGACGACGACUUCUCCGUGGGAAGCGCCAUGAUCAUGCUCAGCGUAGACAUAGUCCUGUACGGAUUCCUCGCCUACUACUUCGACGCCAUCGUGCCCGGCGAGUUCGGCCAGCAGCGAAGCCCGUUCUUCAUCUUCAGCUGGCUUGGCUUAGGAGGGAGCCGCAAGUCGACCGAUCCGGACGAUCUGGUCAAGCCGGAGAACAACACGCCCUCUCCCGACGUCGAGGACCGGCCAGCCGAGCUGCUCGGCAGGGAGGCCAUUAAAGUGCAGAACCUGCGCAAGGUGUUCGUCUCGUGGCGCAAGGAGCCCGUGGUGGCCGUGGACGGCGUCAGCCUGACCAUGCACGAGGGACAGAUCGCCGCCCUGCUGGGUCACAACGGCGCCGGCAAGAGCACCCUGCUCAACAUGCUGGUGGGCACCCUCAAGCCCUCGUCCGGCUCGGCGCGCAUCUACGACCUGCACACGGACAAACCCGAAGACGUGGCCCAGAUCCGAUCCAUGCUGGGCGUCUGCCUCCAGGAGGACAUCCUCUUCGACACGCUCACCGCCCGGCAGCACCUGCGCUUCUUCGCACGCAUGAAGGGAGUGCCUCCCAGCAGCAUCGACCUCGAGGUGAAGAACAUCUUGAUUGAGCUGGACCUGGCGGAGAAAGCCGACGUGCAGGCCAUCAAGCUGAGCGGAGGACAGAAGCGCAAGCUCUCAGUCGGAAUCGCCCUCGUCGGGGACCCAAAGAUCGUGUUCCUGGACGAGCCGAGCAGCGGCAUGGACCCGUACUCGAGGCGCCACCUGUGGAGCGAGCUGCAAAAGCGCAAGGAGGGCAAGGUCAUCGUCCUCACCACUCACUUCAUGGACGAGGCAGACAUCCUCGCAGACUGGAAGGCGAUUUUGUGCAAGGGCAAGCUGCGAUGCGCCGGAACGUCCCUUUUCCUCAAGAACCGUUUCGGAAUCGGCUAUCACCUCACCAUGGUGGUCGAUCAGGGCGCGGACAAGAGCCAGAUCAGCCAGCUGGUGCAGCGGUACGUUCCGAGCGUGACGGUGUACCGGUCGACGGGCACCGAGCUGGCCUUCAUCCUGCCCAUGGACUCGACCUACAACUUCGCCAACCUGUUCGCCGCCGUCGAGGAGGCCAUCUCCGAGGGCACGCUGGGCGUGCGCAGCUACGGCAUCUCCAUGACGACGCUCGAGGAGGUCUUCCUCAAGAUGGGCGAGGUCGAGAAGCCCGACGAAGUGCACCUGCGAGACAUUCAGGCGGACAUUGUGUCAUCAACCGUACGCCACACGCCGCCGCCCACGAGGAAAGCACUGUCUAUGGGAAAGCCAGAGGGAGCAGCCGCUUCCGGUUCCGUUUCGCCUACACUUCAGACCAACUACCAGAAGGAGAUCGAAGAGAUGGAGCUGCUCAAGGCCAACAAGGAGACCAUGCCCGUCAGUACGGUGGAGCCCAACGCGCUGCAGGCAUUCAUGGCCUUCUUCAAGGCCCGUCUGCUCCUGUUCGUGCGAGCCCCGAUGCACGUGGUCCCCCUGGUGGUGCUGCCGGUGAUUAUGGUGAUGCUGAGCUACUGCUUCCUCAACAAGAACGAGGUGCCCGUCAACAGGCUGGGAGUCUUCACGGCAGACUUCUACCCGCAGGCGAAGGUCAUACAAGCCUACAGCUCGGCCAACGCACAGAGCGAGCAGGUUCGACUGUACGAGGGGGCAAUGCGCAAGCAGAUGAUGAACGUCUCUUGGCGAAACAACAGCGUCACUCUGGACAACAUCGACCCCAACACCUACUACGCCUCGGUGCCCGAGAACCUUGGCGGGGACUACAAGUACACGAGUCCUCUGACGCUGCUGUUCAACGACUCGCACGUGCACACGCUGCCCAUCCUCCAGUCGCUGACGUUCAACGCUCUCUACGCCGCCCUGGAGAAGAACGAGUCGGUGCUUGAGGAGCGACGGCUGCGGGUCUCCUCGUUCCCGUGGCCCCAGCGCGGAGUCGACAAGGUGUUCGACGCCCAGCUCUACACGUGGACCAUGAUGAUGAGCGUGGUGCUCGCGUACAUGCCCUCCCUCAUCGCCGUCGAGGUGGUCGAGGACAGGCAGAACAAGGUCAAGAACCAGCUCCGUGUAUCCGGCCUACUCUUCUGCGGCUACUGGUUCACGGUGCUUCUAAGUCACGCGGCCUUGUACCUGCUCUCGGUGCUGCUGACGGUGCUGGCCCUGGUGGUGCUGCGGGUACCCUUCCUGACCGAACCCGUGGCCCUGCUCGCCAUCGUAAUCCUGUUCCUCCUCUACGUGCCAGCCUCGCUCAUCGUGUGCUACGUGCUCACGCACCUCUUCAACAAGCACGAGACGGCCAAAGGAGUGCUGCCUUUCCUUGCGUUACUGUGCUCCAUGUUCCCAGCUGUGCCGGUGACCAUCCUGGACAUGAUGGGCUCGUCUCGAAGUGCGACGGCCUUACACUACACCCUAUGUCUGCUCGUACCAUUCUACAUUCCAAACGGCGGCCUCUACUACAUCACCAAGACGUCGGUGAUAAUCGAGACGAAGCUUUCCAACGGCUACGAGGCGGACAAGUGGAUGUUCUUCGACUGGGACAGCAACAUCCUGGUCACGUACGUGGCGUGCGUCAUCCACACGCUGGCCUACUACUUCCUGCUGCGCAUGGCCGACAUCGGCAAGGCCGGGGGCCGCAUGGCGGACGCCUUCUGGAUCACGCGACGCAUCAUCGACAUCACGCCCAACAGCGACCUGCCCGAGAAAGAGGACGCCGACGUCAAGGCCGAGAGGCAGAGGGUCUCCCAGAUGGACAUCAGCCUCAUGCCAAAGCACCGUAACUCAAGGCUCCUGUCUCUGUUUCUGCGAAAAGAAAAGCCCGCAUCGGAGGUCGCAGGGGCCCCCGAACAAAAACCGAUAAAGCCUCCGGUGGUGUACGUGCACGAGCUUCGCAAGGUGUACGAGGAAGGGGCCCGGUGCCGGCCACGCAACCACGUCAAGAUCGCCAUCCGCAACCUGUCCAUGGCCAUCGACAAGGGCGACAUCUUCGGCCUGCUCGGUCCCAACGGUGCCGGCAAGACAUCCACCAUGAAGGUCAUCGUGGGCGAGGAGAGCCCCUCUAGCGGAAGGGUCGCAGUGGGAGGCUUCGAGAUCACGUCGAACCUGUGCCGGGCGUUCAAGAUGCUCGGCUACUGCCCGCAACACGACGCCCUCUGGAACAACCUCACCAUCCGCGAGCACCUACAGCUUUUCGCGGCACUCAGGGGCAUACGCUACAACGAGAUCGAAUCCGUAACCAACUGGCUGAUGGACAAGCUGAACAUCCGCGAGCACGCCGACAAGCGGGCCAAGCAGCUGUCGGGUGGCACCAAGCGCAAGCUGAGCUACGCCAUCAGCAUGCUGGGCAAGCCGCGCAUCGUGCUGCUGGACGAGCCUUCGACGGGCAUGGACCCGCAGUCGAAGCGCUUCCUCUGGGACACCAUCUGCUCGACGUUCCCGCAGGGCGGCGAGCGGGGCGCCCUGCUCACCACGCACUCGAUGGAGGAGGCGGACGCCCUGUGCACCAAGGUGGGCAUCAUGGUGCGCGGCGCCCUGCGCUGCCUGGGCUCCACGCAGCACCUGAAGAACAAGUACGGCGCCGGCUACACGCUCGACAUCAAGAUGCAGCGCCAGGAGGGAGCCUGGGAGAAGAACCUGGGUGACCUGAAGCAGUACGUCAAGAGGGUGUUCCCCUCGGCCACGCUGCGCGAGGGUUUCCAGGACCGGCUCACCUACGACAUCCCGCAGGCCGGCGUCACGUCGCUAGCCAACGUGUUCGUCGCCAUGGACGAAGCCAAAGCAAAGUUCUCUAUAGAAGAGUUCAGCUUUAGCCAAACGACGUUAGAACAGGUGUUCCUGGGAUUCGCCAAAGAGCAGGAGCUCGCCCAGGAAGACGACGACGGUCAGAUUCAUGCCUGAAGAGUGUUUCUUUGUAUGUGCGCGCACCUCCACCGUCCUCCUUUUCUUUUGUGUGUCAUCAUUAUCACAUUGACGCUGCUUAUGCUCGGGUUGGGAUGUCUCAUCGCUGUGUUCGUAAAGAAUAAAUCAUGCGCAUGCCAUUGCCACGCCCAUCCCA